AUGAUUAUUGUAUUGCUAUUAUUACUUAUUGAUGUAAAUGCUGAUUGGUAUCACAGCACCUUGGCUUUUACAUUGGCAGCAAACAAUUAUCAAUAGCAUUUGGGAAAGGAGAAGCAUGUAAGUAAUUAACGAAACAGGUUGUUUUAGAUUUCUUUACUCCUUGGUGUAUCUAUUGUUAACAUAUGGCAGGAGAAUUCAAUUAAGUAUUUGAACACUACUAAGAAACAAGGCCAGAUAUUCUGAUAGCUAAAAUGAAUUGCGAUGAAUAGUAAAACCAACAUAUUUGUCAUCAUUUUGGAGUUCAUUCAUUUCCUACAAUUUUAUAUUUCCCACCUGGAUAGGAUAGACCAACAUCUUAAUUUUAAAAUCAUAGAAGAUAUGAUUUCUUUGUUUAAUGGAUUGAUUCAUUGGCUUAGAUGUCUGAAGAGACAAAAUAAGAAAUAUAAUAAUAGAAAUUAGAGAAAAUGUUAAAGGAAUAAGAAGAAUAAGAAUUACGUUUAAAAGAAAUGAUGGAAUUGGAAAGAUAGAAACAAAUUGAAUAAGAGGAGCAUUAAAAAUAAAAAGAAGAAGAGAUAAGGAUUUCAUAAUCAAUAUAAUAAUAAAUUACAGAAGCAAAUACUUAUAUUGAUACAAUUAAAGGAAUGGAAAAGGAAAUCUAUAAUUUACAAUAACAAACAGCUGAAUUGAAUAGUAAAUUGGUUUAAAUUAAGAAGCUGCCAAAGGUUAAUAUAAAUCAUGCUUUGGUGUUUGCAAUUAUAGGGUUCUUUUUUGGAAUCACCAUGACUUCUUGUGUAUGCUUAUAUCAAAAAACAAGUCAUGUAAAUACAGAAAAAGGGAUUUGAUAUUAUAUCAUUAUCUAUUAAAAUAAUUAGC